GCAAGUAAGGGAGGGCACUUGGAGGUAGUGCGGUAUGUUGCAGAGACAUGCGGGGAGGAGGUGCUGAGGGAGAAGGAUGAAGACGGCAAGACAUGCGCGCACUGGGCGAGUGAGGGAGGGCACUUGGAGGUAGUGCGGUAUGUUGGGGAGACAUGCGGGGAGGAGGUGCUGAGGGAGAAGGACAAGAGGGGCUGGACAUGCGCGCACUUGGCGAGUCAGGGAGGGCACAUGGAGGUAGUGCGGUAUGUUGGGGAGACAUGCGGGGAGGAGGUGCUGAGGGAGAAGGACGAAGACGGCUACACAUGCGCGCACUGGGCGAGUUUCAGAGGGGACUUGGAGGUAGUGCGGUACAUUGUAGAGACAUGCGGGGAGGAGGUGCUGAGGGAGAAGGACAAUCUCGGCAAGACAUGCGCGCACUUGGCAAGUAAGGGAGGGCACAUGGAGGUGUUGCGGUAUGUUGCAGAGACAUGCGGGGAGGAUGUGCUGAGGGAGAAGGACAAGAGGGGCUGGACAUGCGCGCACUAUGCGAGUGAGGGAGGGGACUUGGAGGUAGUGCGGUACAUUGUAGAGACAUGCGGGGAGGAGGUGCUGAGGGAGAAGGAUGAAGACGGCAAGACAUGCGCGCACUUGGCGAGUGAGGGAGGGCAGUUGGAGGUGCUGCGGUAUGUUGGGAAGACAUGCGGGGAGGAGGUGCUGAGGGAGAAGGACAAGAGGGGCUGGACAUGCGCGCACUGGGCGAGUGAGAGAGGGCACUUGGAGGUAGUGCGGUAUGUA